GUAUGAUGUGUAGAAGAGAGUGAAAACAUUUUCCUUGCCUACUUGUAUGGUCCUUUCCUUCAGGGAAAUCUGCUUCCUUCACUCAUCAUGUCAUCCUUCAAUCAGAGCAUUUUCCACCCUGCAGUCUUCUUUCUUACUGGCAUCCCUGGCUUUGAAACUUACCAUGCCUGGCUCUCCAUCCCUUUUUGUUGUCUCUAUGCCAUUGCCAUCUCUGGGAAUGGCAUGAUCCUGUUUGUGAUCUUCACUGAGUCGAGCCUCCAUGAACCCAUGUACUAUUUCCUCUCCAUGCUAUCUUUCACAGACCUAGGACUAUGCCUUUCCACAUUGGUCACCAUGCUGGGUAUUUUCUGGUUCAAUGUUCGAGAAAUUAGUUUUGAUGCCUGCAUUGGUCAAAUGUUCUUUAUCCAUGGUUUCACAUUCAUGGAGUCCUCAGUACUCCUGGCAAUGGCCUUUGAUCGCUUCACUGCCAUCUGUAACCCACUGAGAUAUGCCACAAUCUUAACCAAUUCAAGGAUCAUCAAAGUGGGCUUUGCCAUUGUUAUUAGGGGGACAACGGCUCUAGUGCCUUUACUCCUGCUCCUAAAGCGUCUGUCUUUCUGCCAUGGCCAUGUUCUGCACCAUUCAUAUUGUUUCCACCCUGAUGUGAUGACGCUUUCAUGCACAGAUACCAAGAUCAACAGUGCAUUUGGUUUGGCCAUUGUUAUAUCUACUGCUGGCCUAGACUCUGUGUUUAUCCUCCUUUCCUAUGUUCUGAUCAUCCACUCUGUGCUCUACAUGGCCUCCCCAGAGGAGCGGAAAAAGGUCUUUGGUACCUGUGUCUCACACGUAAGUGCUGUUGCCAUCUUCUACAUUCCCAUGAUCAGCUUGUCACUGGUGCAUAGAUUUGGGAAGCAAGCCCCUCCCCUUGUGCACACUCUCAUUGCCAAUGUUUAUCUGCUCAUCCCUCCUGUGAUGAAUCCCAUAAUCUACAGUGUGAAAACCAAGCAAAUUCGUAAGGCAGUGCUCAAAAUAUUCCUUUCUAAGAUGAUUUAG